CAAGAUUUCUUUAUUUCCUGGCCUAACAUGACUAUGGAUUAGAUCUCUCAUCGUACGCGUUGGAAGCAGAAAAUACAGAAAAACUUUUCAAUCUGGGAAUGUGUAUUUAUUAACAAUCUGCACGGUAAAAGACCACAGGACGUUCACAUCAAGAUUCGCUUUCCUGGAAAAUGUUCUGGGGAGACCAUGUGAGGCUCAUUGUAAUAACAUUUACAUUAUUGGUUAUCCACUUUAAAAAAGCAAGCACAAGGGAACAAACUGAGACACUUUACAAAAUCAGCUUACGUACAACAUCUAAGCCUCAUCGUAUAAACGAUAGUAUGGCCAUGGAUACUUUGAUAAAAAUCAAUGGAAGCACUGGAGUCAGAAAGCCACAAAAUCCUGCAGCACUUAUUCCGUUCACUGGCCUUACUGACAGCCAUAAAAUCAAUAAAAAUUGCUGCAUGAAUGGAGGAACCUGCGUCCUAGGAACUUUCUGUGCCUGUCAAAAGCCUUUUACUGGAAGAUACUGUGAAUUUGAUGAAAGGAAAAAAAAUUGUGCCAACAAAAUCAAACAUGGAGACUGGGUUCUUCGCGGAUGCAGGCUGUGCCGCUGUACUUAUGGCUUACUUAACUGCUUAAAAGAAGUAAUGCAAGCACAUUGUGACCCUACGAGUGUUGAUGCCAACGAUGCCAGGCUAGAAUUGUUCUCAUGUGGGACAAUGUUACAUCCACUGACUCCAAUAAUUUUUCUUAUGUUAACUGGAAGCUACUUUGGAUUUUGCCCGUAA